AUGACCACUCCUCAACUGGCCACCUUCACAGUACCCGCUGUCGACAAUGAACCCAUGCGUCCAUACGGCCCGGGCUCCGCCGAACGCGCUGGACUGGAGGCUGCAAUUAAGCAGAUGCAGGCCGAUCUUCCUUUCGAGGUGCCCUGCAUCAUCAAUGGCAAGCCUGUGAAAACAGGAAAACUAGCUUCUCAACCUUUACCCCACGACCAUGCUCGGAAUCUCUGCACUUAUCAUGAAGCUGACUCUGCUACUGUCACCCAAGCCAUAGAUGGAGCGCUUUCCGCCAAGGCUGAAUGGGAAUCCUUACCCUGGAACGACCGUGCAGCCAUCUUUCUGAAGGCAGCGGAUCUUGUUUCUGGGAAAUAUCGCUACAAGCUCAUGGCCGCGACGAUGCUCGGUCAAGGGAAGAAUGCAUGGCAGGCAGAGAUUGACGCCGCCGCUGAGUUAGCCGAUUUCCUGCGCUUUGGCGUAAAAUUUGUGCAGGACUUAUAUGCCCAGCAACCGACCAAGAACUCUCCUGGAGCAUGGAACCGCGUCGAGUAUCGUGCUCUUGAAGGCUUCGUUCUCGCCAUUUCCCCAUUCAAUUUCACUGCUAUUGGAGGCAACCUCAAUGCCACACCUGCUCUUGUUGGGAACGUUACCAUCUGGAAGCCAUCGCCUAUGGCAGUGUACGCAAACUACAUCACGCACCAAAUAUUCCUCGAAGCUGGAGUACCUCCCUCCGUUAUCCAGUUUGUUCCCGGCCCACCCGAGAUCGUCGCCCAACAAGCACUCAAACAUCCGUCCUUUGCGGCUCUCCACUUCACGGGCAGCACUUUUGUCUUCAAACAGCUAUGGAAAGACAUCGCCUCGAACCUAGAAGUGUACAAGAGCUAUCCAAAGAUAGUUGGUGAAACGGGGGGCAAAAACUUCCAUCUCAUUCACGAAAGCGCGGACAUCCGCAACGCCGUUUUACAGUCUAUUCGUGGCGCGUUCGAGUAUCAAGGCCAAAAGUGCUCGGCUCUCUCCCGUUUAUACGUUUCGUCAUCCGUUUGGUCCGGAGGCUUCAAGGAAAUGCUGCUGUCAGAGAUUUCGAAGAUCAAGGUUGGUGCUCCAGACGACUGGAGCAACUACAUGGGUCCCGUUAUUGGUCGUCCUGCCUUCGAAAAGAUAAUGAGUUAUAUCGAGAAGGCGAAGCAGGCUGGCGGAGACAUCUUGAUCGGCGGAACUGGCGACGACUCCAAAGGGUACUUCGUUCAACCAACUGUCAUCGAGACCAAGGAUCCCCGAUCAGUGACGAUGGUUGAAGAAAUUUUUGGUCCGGUCAUCACCAUUUAUGUAUUCGACGAUGCGCAAUACGACGAAACUCUCAAGCUCAUAGAUUCGACAUCUCAGUAUGCUUUGACUGGUGCAAUUUUUGCUACUCAGCGUUCGGCGCUCCUCAAAGCAACCAACGCCUUACGGAACGCCGCAGGCAAUGUGUAUUACAACGAAAAGUGCACUGGCGCGGUCGUUGGACAGCAGCCAUUCGGUGGUGGUCGGGCUAGCGGCACUAAUGAUAAAGCGGGUAGCAUCAGCAUUUUCUAUCGCUUCGUCAGUCCGCGAAGCAUCAAGGAAAACUUUGUGGGGUUGGAAGGCUACACAUACCCCAGUAACUUGGUUUAG